UCCGCAGUCUUGGCUUCCAGCGCAGGGCAACUAGGCUUCUCGACCUCGCUUCGAAGUUUGGCCUAGAUGGGUUUCAGCUUGUCCAUCUGCGGACUGGUUCAACUGGCUUCGUCACUCUUGGUGCUGGACCUCGCAUCUUUGGACUCUUUGCUUUUGGUUCAAAGCUUUGUUCGCGUCAGCCUCACGGUCUUGGCCUUCAGCUUCGUUCACUUCGAGCCUUCCUUUUUCAUCCGAUCCACGGCACACUUGGACUUGGUGCUUCCACUCAGCGGCGUUUGUUGCUUGGGCAACCAAUUCUCCAAUCGACUGGUCACCAUGAGCUCGUUCGUGUCAAUUCAAUGUUAUGGCGUCUUGACCAAUGCUUUGCCAGCAGUGGGUGUCAAUCACUUGGGCCUGUUGAUGUCUCCACAAAGCCUCGCUUGUUUGGCACCUUCGAUCUUGACAGCUCAAUUGGCGCAUUUGGAAUCCUUCAUGCUUUUGCAGCAACUUGCUCAUAUCAACUUCACACUUUUGGCCUUGGGUUCUCUUCGUUUGGGAUUUUGUCCCUUGGCAUGUGAUGGUGCAGCCUCAGGCUCCUCGCUUCUGACUCGCAGCUUCGCACAGCUGGGUCUCUCUUUGUCAGCUCUCAGCUUCACCUCCAUGGACUUCUCGUCGCUUUUGCGGGGAUUCGCAUGUCUGGGCUUGCCGGCCUUCGUCUUCGGCCUGCUCCGCAUGGGCUCGGCCUCGUUGGUCCUUGACGCCCUUCAGAUGAGCUCAUUGAUGUCGAUCCAAAGCCUUGCACAGCUGGACUUGUCGGUCUUCAUCGUGGACUUCGUGGCCUUGGACUUCUCCUCGUUGGCACGGUCCUCUGUGUGAACUGGUUCCGCCCUCUUGGCCACGGGGGUCAUGAAAAGUGAGAUCGGCUAUGAACUCUCAGUGAUUGGCCGCUGUCGCUUGGGCUUCCCCUUGUCCUUGCGAUCA